ACUUCAUGGACUAAAUCAUAAACAAGAAGGUAGGGCACAGGCAAAACACGCGGAUUAAACUACCAAAAAAAAAAUAUAUUGCUACUUUUCGCUCCUUGAGCAGGAUUUGUACAUAGUUUGACUUCCCUGUGUGGUAUUUAAAAGCGGUGACUUAUUUUUCUUGUUUCUCUUUUUUCUUCCUCUCCCUCUUUUCCCUUUUCCUUCUCUUUCUUUUCUCAUUUUCUCUUCACUUUCUUUUUUUUUAGUGCAUUUCUGAAGGUGGGGGUGGGAACAGCCAAACAGCCGGGGACUAACUUGUACUUUUGUAGAACUUCUGAUUAUCUGUGCUACCAAAGAAAAUAAGAACUCUCUCGUGCAGUGCUUUUACUACCUGCGGUGAAAAAUUGGAAGCUUAAAGUUAAAAAUCCUGCUGAAUUGUUGCUUUUGUUAGUGGAAAAGACCUGUGACGUUACAAAUAGCUAGUCUGUGGCCAGCAGAUGUGUACAGUCCUUACUUGAAGCAUGUUGAUUCAAUUUUUACUAGGAAACUAAAUGCAGGCACAGGCUAUGUUUAUCAUACAAGGCAUUUCAUUAAUCUUGUUUAUCUCAACAAUACUGAGGAAGUUUUUUUUUGAUGGAAAAAGAAAAUAGUUACAGCAAAUUUAAGACAGCAAAACAGAACUAAACUGACUCAUUUGGUUAAAUGCAUCCCUUGUGUUUUCACUCUCAUCUAAGUGACCAUCUCCCUUUUAGAUUUGGACCUUUCCAGAGCUUGGAACACUUAAACACUCACCAUGGAUGACUUUGAACGCCGCAGAGAGCUCAGGAGGCAAAAGCGUGAGGAAAUGCGCCUGGAAGCAGAGAGGCUGUCCUACCAGAGGAACGAUGACGAUGAUGAGGAAGCUGCCAGGGAACGUCGCCGGCGGGCUCGGCAGGAGAGGCUGCGGCAAAAGGAAGAAGGAGAUCUCUCAGGAGAAGUAACAGAGAAAUCCGAGGCUAAUGCUCAAAACAGUGUGGCAGGGGAGGAAAGCAAGCGUUCUACAGAUGAUGAGGCUGCAUUGUUGGAGAGGCUGGCAAGACGGGAGGAGAGACGCCAAAAACGUCUGCAGGAAGCCCUGGAACGUCAAAAGGAAUUCGACCCCACGAUCACAGAUGGGAGCUUGUCAGUGCCCAGCAGGAGAGAAGUAAACAAUGUGGAGGAAAAUGAGUCCUCAGGGAAAGAGGAAAAGGCUGAAAAACGCCGAGCUGGCUAUGAGAUUGAAGAGACAGAAACAGUUACCAAAUCGUACCAAAGGAACAACUGGAGGCAAGAUGGGGAAGAAGAGGAAAAGAAAGAAGAAAAAGACAAGGAGGAGGUGCAGGAGGAGAAACCAAAGGAGCUCCCUGUAGAGGAAAAUCAGGUAGAUGUGACAGCAGAAAAAGCCACAGAUAAAGAAGAGGCAGUAACUGUAAAUGCAGAGGAGCACAAAGCAGAGAAUGAUACAAAUGCUGUGCCAGGAGGGAUGCAAAGUGUGACUGAUGAUGUAGAUAAAGAGAAGCUUCGGGAUGAGGAAAAGGCUGAGGAAGAAAGGAAGGAAGCAGAAGAAAGGGAGAGGUUAAAAGCAGAGGAAGAAAAGAGGGCAGCUGAGGAAAAACAGAAAGCAGAGGAAGAGAAGAGGGCAGCUGAGGAGAGGGCAAAGGCAGAAGAGGAGAAGAGGGCAGCUGAGGAAAGGGAGAGGGCUAAAGCAGAAGAGGAGAGGAGGGCAGCUGAGGAAAAACAGAAAGCAGAGGAGGAAAAGAGGGCAGCAGAGGAGAGGGCAAAGGCAGAAGAGGAAAAGAGGGCAGCUGAGGAAAAGGCUAAACUAGAAGCAGAGAAAUUAAAAGAAAAACAAAAGAUGGAAGAACAGAAAAUGGAAGAUAAACAGGUAAACGAGAAGAAAGUAGAAGAUGAAAAACCUCAAGCAGCUUUCUUGAAAAAACAGGAGGAAGAAAAAGUGGAAGCUAAAAAGGAAAAUCUGCCAGAAGAGAAGCUCCAAGCUACCUCCAUAAAAGAUCAGGCAAAAGAUGACAAAGGUAAAGCACCCAAAGAGGAAAUGAAAAGUGUCUGGGAUCGUAAGAAGGGCAUUCCUGAGCAAAAGGCACAGAAUGGAGAACGUGAACUCCCUGCCUCCAAACUUAAACCUACUGAGAAUGCUUUUGGGCGCUCCAGUUUGAAGGGGAGCGCGGAGGAGGCGAAGCCGGGCCUGGAGAAGCUGAAGGAGAAGCAGCAGGAGGCAGCAGCAGAGCUGGAUGAGCUGAAGAAGAGGAGGGAGGAGCGCAGGAAAAUCCUGGAGGAAGAGGAGCAGAAGAAGAAGCAGGAGGAGGCUGAGAGAAAAAUCAGAGAGGAGGAGGAAAAGAGAAGGAUGAAGGAAGAAAUAGAAAGAAGAAGGGCUGAAGCUGCUGAAAAACGCCAGAAGAUGCCAGAGGAUGGUGUAUCUGAAGACAAGAAGCCAUUUAAAUGUUUCAGUCCUAAAGGUUCAUCUCUCAAGAUAGAGGAGCGAACAGAAUUUUUGAACAAAUCUGCUCAAAAGAGUGGUAUGAAGCCCACCCAGACAACAGCAGUUGUCUCAAAGAUUGACAGUAGACUUGAGCAAUACACUAGUGCAAUUGAGGGCACAAAGGCUUCAAGACCAGCUAAAGCUUCUGACCUUCACGUUCCAGCUGAGGGUGUCCGUAAUAUCAAGAGCAUGUGGGAGAAAGGGAAUGUUUUCUCAUCACCUUCUGGGGCAGGAACACCAAAUAAGGAAACUGCAGGACUGAAGGUUGGCGUCUCCAGUCGUAUCAACGAGUGGUUGACCAAGACCCCAGAGAGCAACAAAUCUCCUGCUCCAAAACCUUCUGAUUUAAGACCAGGAGAUGUAUCUGGCAAACGUAAUCUCUGGGAGAAGCAGUCAGUGGAGAAGCCAGCUGCUUCCUCUAAGGUAUCAGCUAUGGGGAAAAAAUCAGAGACUAAUGGUUUGAGACAAUUUGAGAAAGAACCAUAGAGGACCACUAAAGAAGCUGGACCAAUCAGUUUAGGGGAGGGGGGGGGGUGGGAAAGGAAAAAGUGCUAAAUUGUUCUUUUUAUAUUUAUGUUUAUUUACCAAAAUGUCUUUUUUUUUUUUUUUUGCAUUAUCCCAGUUAAAACCAUGUAUAUUAGCACUGUAUUUAAUAAUCAGUCUAGACAUUCAUCAGAAUAGUACUGCCUUUGCACAAGAGCCUUUAUUCCUAAAGAAACCCAUGCUGUGAAAUAUAUACUCUCCUACUGAUAGUCAUAAAUAUGUAUCUGGACAGUGAUUUCAGCUGGCAUUAGAGGUCAACCUAAAACUCAUGGAAAGUGAAGUUGCUUGGGAAAGGUGUGCAGCAAACCUAUAAAAACAAUGGUUACUUUUGUAAUACAGAAAUCUUUUUUCUUUCUGCACUUUAGACUAAGGCAUGGAAGAAAUAUCUUUAGUUGACAAUGUAAUAUUUUCUGUACGUUGCCCAUGUCAUGAGAAAUACUGCAUCAAUAAUGUGUUUUAAUUUUUUUUUUUUUGUUUUAUACUUUUUUUAAGUAUCAGUUUUUCCAUUCUAGUUUAAGUUAAUACCUAAAUUUGGAUGAUUAUGUUUGCUGACAGCGGUACUGGUAUUUCUUUUUGUUGUUAGUGACUAGUAAUUGAAUGCAAUCUAGAAUAUAUAUACACACAUAGCUUUACAAAGUUUAGCUUAAAGGCACUACUAAUGGUAGAAUGCUUUAAUAUGUGCUAGAGUAUUAUAUUUAGCAAUAAACAUACAUAAUUAGCCAAUAUCACAGCUUAAAAAAAAAUAAAGACAAAAUCACACACCUUUCUGUAGUAAGAUUUCAUAGUUGCCAUUAGAGGUAUGGUGAGAUAAGUAUUAAAAAAAAAAUUAAAUGUCAUUUGCCCAGUAGUGGGUAAUUAAAAAGAAAGUAUAGUUUUUAAAAGAGGAAAGGUAAGGGUAUAGAGGGUCAAAAAUAGGUCACUUGUAUAAAAUGUUGCAGUUUAAUUUAUAUAAAACUACCAUAAUUAAAAAAAAAAAAAGUAAACAGAGUUGGAGCUUGUUUCAAACGACUGUACACUAAAUCUUGCCAUCCAUCAGUGCUGUACACCAGGUCCACACAAAAUGAACUAAACCUCUAUGAUGCUUCUUUUUACUUCUCUCUCCUGAAUAUCUUAUUUACAGAUGUUUUCAUUUGUAUAUAGUAAAUACCUGGCUAUAGGACGUCAGCUUGGUUUGAAUUUACAUGCCAUACAGUUUAGCAUUUGCAUCCUACAGUGUAUGGGUGGCAUAAACUGAGCAACUCAAGCAGCCCCUGAGCACGCUGUUAACAGCUCUGCUGUGCAUUGGAACCCCCAGGACCUCCC